AUGGCUUCCAUGCACACCUCAACAAUAUUUUCAUCUUCAUUUUCUUCAAAGAGAGUUCAUGUAAAUGCCUCAAUCCAUGUCCCAAGACCCAAUUCUGCACUUCCUAAGACUAAUAUACUCACUAGAUCAAAGCUGCUUGGGGGGUUAAGUACCUUCACUGACUCACUUGGAAAAAAUGAUCUGUCCAAUUCUACAAUCUCUAACAACUCCACCAUGCAACUCUAUGCUGUCUUAGAAGCUGUAUCCGACAGAAUCCAAAUGCACAAAAACAUAGGCGAACAGCGUCAGAAUUGGAACAACCUACUUCUAAACAAUAUCAACAUGAUUACACUCACUGCUACAACAUUAACCGGUGUUGUAGCAACAAGCGGUGCUGUUGGUGCACAACUUUUGGCUCUUAAACUAUCCUCCACUCUUCUGUUUUCUGCGGCAACUUGCAUGCUUCUUGUCAUGAACAAGAUUCAGCCUUCGCAACUUGCCGAGGAGCAAAGAAAUGCUACAAGAUUGUUCAAACAGCUUUGGACUCAAAUCCAAACCAAAAUCAGUCUUGGUAAUCUUAUCACCGAGGAAGAUGUGGAAUCUUCCAUGGAGAAAGUGUUGGCACUUGACAAAGCUUAUCCACUUCCUUUGUUAGGAGCUAUGCUUGAAAAGUUUCCUGCAAAGUAUGAACCUGCUGUUUGGUGGCCUGAGAAAAGAAGAGAAGGAAAUGCAGCAGCAGCAAGAAAGGUGAUGAAGAGAAAUAGUAAUAGUAGUAAUGGAUGGAGCGAAGAAUUAGAAAUAGAACUGAGAGAAGUGAUUGAAGUUUUGAAGAGAAAAGAUAUGGAGGAUUAUGAGAGACUUGGAAACAUGGCAUUAAAGAUUAACAAGAGUUUGGCAAUAGCAGGUCCAUUGCUCACUGGAAUUGCAGCUAUAGGUUCUGCAUUUGUAGGAAAUGAUGAUGGGUUGUUUUCAGCCAUGGUUCCUUUGAUGGCAGGGUCAGUGGCUUGUGCAAUAAAUGGUUUAGAGCAUGGUGGACAAGUUGGUAUGGUAUUUGAAAUGUACAGAAACUGUGGUGGAUAUUUCAGGAAGUUGGGAGAGAGUGUGGAAAGCACACUUGAAGAGAAUGAUAUGGAAAAAAGAGAAAAUGGAGAGAUAUAUGAAAUGAAGAUAGCGAUGAUGUUGGGAAGAAGUGUUUUGGAGCUAAGACAAGUUGCUUCAAAUUCUGCUUCUUCUUCUAUCGACCAAUUUGCUAGCAAGCUUUUUUAA